AUGAAGAAUCUCAAUAGCUCUUCAGGAUUUCUACCUGUGACAUUCAUUUUGGUUGGAAUCCCAGGACUGGAGGCACAGCACAUCUGGAUAUCUGUUCCCUUCUGCCUGAUGUACAUCAUUACAUUCCUUGGGAAUGGCAUCAUUCUUCACGUAAUCAGAACAGAUCCUGCUCUCCAUCAGCCCAUGUAUCUCUUUCUUGCCAUGUUGGCAUUGGCUGACGUUGGUAUCUCUGCAUCCACUCUCCCUACCGUGGCUGGCAUAUUUCUUUUUGGGAUGACUGAAAUUAGUUUCGAAGCUUGCCUUCUCCAGAUGUUCUCCAUCCAUUCGUUCUCUAUUAUGGAGUCAGCUGUGUUGUUGGCCAUGGCUGUGGACCGUUUUGUGGCCAUCUACAGUCCCCUGCAUUAUAUAACUAUCCUGACACUGCCCCGUAUCUUUGCCACAGGAGCUGUUUUUGUACUGAAAAGCAUUGUGCUUAUGGCCCCAUUGCCCGUGCUCUUACAACGACUGCCCUUUUGUGGCCAUCAUGCCCUUUCUCAUUCCUAUUGUCUACACCCCAAUCUUAUCCACCUACCUUGUGGGGACACAUCUGUCAACAAUAUUUACGGACUUUUCAUUGUUAUCUCUACCUUUGGGAUAGAUUCACUGCUCAUUGUGGUCUCCUACUGUCUCAUACUCCACACUGUACUAGGUAUUACCACUGGAGAGGGACAGAAGAAAGCCCUCAGCACCUGUGGUUCACAUAUCUGUGCUGUGCUUGCUUAUUAUGUGCCUAUGAUUAGCUUGUCCAUGGUGCAUCGCUUUGGGCAGCGUGUGUCCCCUCUGCUACAAACCAUGAUGGCCAAUGCCUACCUCUUCUUCCCACCUGUGGUCAACCCCAUUGUCUAUAGCAUUAAGACUAAAGAUAUUAGUCAUAGCAUUGUCCGGAUUUUGUCAGACAAAAGAACGAGAGUACAGUCAAGGCCACAGUAA